GGACCUGAUUGGGCCGUAACAGCAGCCCUGUUGCGCCUCCAUUGGCCCAAAACCACAUCAAUCUGGUCAUUUCCAGGUCCCCCCUCAAGUUUGAAACUUUUUUUUUUUUUUUUUACAAGCUAGAGUCGGGUUUCACCUAAACAAGCUCUGGCAACCGAUCUCACUGGCGGCCGAGGGAAUAAAAUACUCUUUGAAUAAUUCACACAUGUAUGCCCAGCGUAGGGUUAUAGCGAGAACAGCCAGAGGAGCACCCGAGACGACAAGCAACGGGCGGGCGAACAUGCUGUGAAACACCGUUCGCCGCUGCCUCGCCGGGAGGGAUGAAGACCAGAUAGAAAGAGUUGAGAUAAGUUUGUCUUGUGGCCGUCUGAGCGCUCUUGAGUGGAUACAGACAAGAGUUGACCAUGGACUCCUUUAGCACAAAAAGCUUAGCCCUGCAGGCACAGAAGAAGCUGAUGAGCAAGAUGGCAACCAAGAGCAUGGCUAACCUUUUCAUUGACGACACAAGCAGUGAAGUGCUGGAUGAGCUGUAUCGGGUCACUAAGGAGUACACCCGCAACCGCAAAGAGUCCCAGAAGAUCAUCAAGAACCUGAUCAAGAUGGUGGUAAAGUUGGGGGUGCUCUAUAGGAAUAACCAGUUCAGCAGCGAGGAGCUGAUCCUUGUGGAAAACUUCAGGAAGAAAGUCCACACGCUGGCCAUGACGGCAGUCAGUUUCCACCAAAUCGACUUCACCUUUGACCGCCGCGUGAUGAGCGCCCUGUUGAACGACUGCCGCGAACUGCUGCACCAGGCGAUCAAACGCCACUUGACAGCCAAGAGCCACUCACGCGUCAACCACGUCUUCAAUCACUUUGCCGAUUGCGACUUCCUGGCUGCUCUGUACGGGCCAUCCGAAGUUUAUCGCGCUCACCUGCAGAGAAUCUGCAACGGCGUCAACAAGAUGCUCGACGAGGGAAACCUUUGACCUCUGCUUGAGGCUCCCCUUUUCAUCUUAAAAAGCCUCCCUCUUCCUUUCACCUCCCAUCUUGGAGGAUAUUUUGAGUUUAAGAUGACAAUCGGGAACUUUUCUCCACGUAUUGGUUGGUUUGUGCCUUCCUCUCAAAACAUGAUCAUAACACUGAAGUGCUUUUUUUUGCCUAGUCUUUCUAUUUUCUUUUUGCUUUUGUGUCAAAGCAAGCAUAGCCAUUGCAAAUGAAUGUAAGAUGCAAAUGUAUAGGAGCCGCUGUGACUUAAAUGCCUUCCUACUCAUUCCAAGGACACAACGCUUGCUGUCUCAGAGAUGAGAAGUGAAUCCCUGAACAGGCAGUUUUAUCUCUAUAAACAAUUACUCAAAAAGGAAAGAAAUGUCUAUGCUAUUUCCAAAUAUGGAAGACAUAAAGGCUCUUUUUUUUUUUUUUUUUUUUUUUUUUUACAUAUAUUU